AAAAAAAAUCAAAACUUUUUGUUACCCAUUUCAGGAUUUACCAUUUCCCUUAAAACCCAAGUUUUAAUUUUGCUAGAAAUUGCAUAAAAAUUAAAACUUUUUGUUUUAUUUAAAAAAAAUGACAGAAAUACUUCAAUCCCCACUUCAAGUAUCUUGUUCUCAAAGCUCUAUACUAGAUGACAAUGAUGUUUUACUUCAACAAACAUCAUCAUCAAGUAAUCAUUUUUCUCCAUCUUCUACAUCUUCUCUUAUUAACCCUUGUUCCAAUUUGUAUGCAAUAGGUGUAUCUAUAUGCAAUAAUAUUAAUACAAAUACAAAUAAUAAUAGUAUAUCACAAGAAAGGGAAAGGAAAAAGAGGAGAGAAAGAGAAGAUCAAGGAGGAAGUGAAGUGUCAAUUUUGGAUGUUUUUGUGACAGUUUUUAGGAAAUCUUUUGUUGGGUCUUGUAAUAGUGUCAAGUUUCAAGAUUAUAGUAGUGACAAUAAUAAUAGUACAAAAAAAUCAUCAAAAAUGGAGAUUGGUGUGCCUACAGAUGUUAGGCAUGUUGCUCAUGUUACUUUUGAUAGGUUCAAUGGGUUUCUUGGUUUGCCUGUUGAGUUUGAACCUGAGGUUCCAAGAAGACCUCCUAGUGCCAGUACAAGCGUGUUUGGGGUCUCAACUGAAUCUAUGCAGCUCUCCUUCGAUUCUAGAGGAAACAGUGUGCCCACAAUUCUUUUAAUGAUGCAGAGGCGCUUGUAUGCUCAAGGAGGCCUUCAGGCAGAAGGAAUCUUUCGAAUCAAUGGUGAUAACGGGCAAGAGGAGCAAAUAAGGGAGCAAUUGAACAAAGGAGAGGUGCCUGAAAACAUUGAUGUACACAGCUUGGCAGGGCUAAUUAAGGCGUGGUUCAGGGAACUGCCAAACGGGGUACUCGACUCGAUUGAGCCUGAGCAGGUGAUGCAAGCCCAGUCAGAAGAAGAGUGCGCUCGGCUCGUGAGGCUGCUCCCGCCAACUGAAGCUUCAUUGAUGAAUUGGGCUGUAAAUCUGAUGGCCGAUGUUGCUCAACUCGAACAUUUUAACAAGAUGAAUGCCCGUAACAUUGCUAUGGUGUUUGCACCCAACAUGACUCAGAUGGCGGAUCCAUUGACUGCAUUGAUGUAUGCUGUGCAAGUUAUGAACUUUUUGAGGACAUUGAUUGUGAAGACGCUGAGGGAACGAGAAGAUGUUAUAGUGGAGGCAGGACCCGCGUCACGGUUUGAUCAUUUUGAAGAAGACAACGGCCCCCAUUGUUCAUUUCGUGGGACGGUUGACGAAACCAAUGAGAUGAACACUGGGGAGGAUCAAGAUUUUUCUAUCAAAGAACCCACCUUGGAAAGCCAUGAGGAUACUCCUCAGGAUGAAUCCGCUUCUGAACGUCAAAGUGAAAGUCAAAGACAAAGUCAGACUAAUACGUUUGAAGAAGAAACCAGUCCUACAGUGGCAGAAGGUGGUGCUAGGGUGGUUGGAGCUCCUAAGACUAGAAAUCCACAGGUGAGCAACUCCAACUAUAAGAAAGGAUUGAGAAAAAAUGUAGAGAAAAGCAAAGGAAGCACGAUUGUGAGCCGUCUAAACUCAAGAACUGAGAGGAUUGAAGCCUGGCGGUGAAGUGGUGGAUCACGGUGGUGGACGUGGGUGAUGGGAUGUUAUCUAUUUUGACCGGUGGUUGGAAAAAGUGAAACUUUAUGUAAUUUGGUUUGGAUGUCUAUAUUGGUAUAUGCUAUGCAUACCAAUGGUUUGUUUAUGUUUUUAUUAUGUGUAUUUGGGGCUGUUGCUCCUAUUAUUAUUUUCUGGGUUUUGUUCAUCUUAGGGAUCUUUGUUGACUAAUCUUACAUCUUGACUUAAUUAUGUUAAUAUAAUAGAAGUUUGACUACAGGUUUUAUUUUGA